AUGGCAAGUAGGUUCAGGGUGCGAUUCGCUCCAGUCUCAUCCCUUGAGAGCCCAGCCUCAGCCUCCCCGAAAUGCGCGACGGAACCUGUCGGCAUGAAGCCCAUCACCACCAGCCCAACUUUGCCAUCAAAGCAUCGAAGCCGCCUCGGCUGCCGUGAAUGCCGACGCCGCCGGGUAAAAUGCGACGAGACCUUCCCCGUAUGCCUCCGAUGUCAGCGACGCGGGGACGUGUGUGAGUCCCAGACGCGGUCUAGAUUAUGGCAACCCGAGACGCCCUGGUUACAUGUAGCUGGGCUUGGAAAGCGCAAACCAUCCCUUCCAGCGGCUGAGGAAACGGCCAUGACGAGCCCCAGCAGCCCGUCGGACCAAAAGCUACUGCGGUAUUGGCUCGAAAAGGCCAGCCAAAUCAUGGCCCUCGACCCCGACAAUAAUCCUUUCUCCUUUCCUCUCCUCGAGAAUUCAGGACAGCUGCCCGCCAUGAUUCAUGCUGUGCAGAGCAUCGGCGCUGCGCAUCAGGACUUCUUCGACAUGUCCAAAUUGAACAAGUGCUUGGAGGAGAGAGCUCUGGCAUUGCGCCUUAUCCGACAAGAGCUCGGACAGGCGAGCAAGGACAUUACAGCCUGUUUCUUGACUGUUUUCCUCUUGGGGCUAUCAUACUUCUGGACGGCUGGGCCAUUCAUCGAUCUGGAUGGUAUCCGCCAGGCCCAGGCACAUUUUCUCGGUGGACGUCAGCUUAUCGACUUCAUCCUGGCGAUUCCGGUCGAGGAGCGCACCGAGCAGAUGCACUUUGCCAUUGGUUCGUAUCUCUACUGGGACAUGGCCUGCUCAUUCCUCAUUGAGCCCGAGUAUCAGCGGCCUCUCGACACAGCAGAGAUUUUGGCCGCAGUGCAAGUUCUGGCUGGCAGAUUUCACCCCAUCCUUGGCUACUCGGCCGAGAUCGCCUACCUUGAUGCUUGUGUUGGCCGAUAUUGCCGAUCUGUGGUGGAUACCGGUGUAAGAGAUGCAGUGCUUGAAGCAACCCUCGAGGAGCAACUCCUGGCAUGGAAACCCAACGAUGUACAAGACCUCUCACAUAUUUCCGAAGCAUACCGCAGCCAUGGGUUGCUCAAUCUUUACGUAGUUUGCUGUCGAUCGUCAUCAACACCAACGCUCAGUACUCAUUGGAGCAGCGAAUGGCGCCCAGAUCCGGCGAGCCCAGAGGAGGAGAGUGCUGAAGACGAACUAGAGGCUCGUAUACACAGUAUCGCGUUACGCACCGUGACCAGCCUUAUGCACGUGCCGGAUAACCAUCCAUGCACCAACGUGCAUGGCAUUCCCCUGUUGACGGCAGGCUCUGAGCUCACAGCUGAUGACGCAAAAGAGCGAGACCAAGUCAGGAAACGGUUCCGGGCGCUUUACUCGUUCAACCACCUCCCGGCGAACCUAGCAGCAAUUCAACUCUUGGAGGAACUUUGGUCGCUUCGAGAUGUGGGCAUCGGUGUCUCGUGGCUGAGUUUGAUGGUUGAGUAUAACUGGAAUAUCAUGCUUGGAUAG